UAUAAGUUUUUUAUUUUUUUUUCAAGACAGAUAAACCAACAAACGUUUUAAUUAGUUUAUUUGUGACCAACAAACGAUUGCGCAUCGAUUAAGCCGCAAAUGGUAAAAAAAUAAGUUUCGUCCGGCUAACUUUCCACACAAUUUUCUUUUAUUUAAAAAAAAAAAAGUAUUAGCCAACAAACCUUUUAAUUAGGCCAACAAUGACCAACAAACGACCAACAAACGAUUCGUAAAGUCAAAAAUUAAAAAAGUAAAAGUUGCCCGGCUAACUUCCCGGAGAAUGACUGCUUGUCGAUGGUGUCUGCGAAUCAACUACAAUUUGCUCAUUUUCCAUGAUAUUUUCCGUCCAUGGAAACUGAGAUGGAAUGGCUCCUUUUUUAAUCGAGCAAUUUUAUAAGCUGACUGGAACAAUGGAUAAACAUUCUCAAUGUUUAAGAUGAAAGUAUGAGCCACAAUAUAUUGAUCCGACUCGUUGGGAGAUCUUAAAUUAAAUAUCGAGACUCCGAGAAGGCCCACACACACGCGCGGAUUGUUGUUACGGGCCUGACGCUGCCCGUCGCGCAAAACGAGAAAAUCGAGACUCACUCGAGAUCUAACCGUGACAUAGUGCGCACGAAGUGAGAAGGGCCCCCAAAAGUAGUCGGAUCGCAGUUCACGAUUGACUACAGGAGACGAUUAUCACAAGUGACCAACCGAACAAUGCACUGUAUUAAACUGGAGAGAGAGACGUUUUUCACACACAAUCGGCAAUACAAUACAGAAGAAUAUGGAUGAAAAAAAGAAGUUACGAAUUUUGGGAAUCAAUUGUGCUAAAUUAUUAUACUGAUUUGGAAUGGCUCGAAAGUUUCCGAAUGUCAAAAAUGAGUUUCUUAAAAUUAUGUGAUUUACUUGAAGAUGAAUUACGACCCAAAAUGCAACUUUUAAAAGCUAGAGAGCCUGUAUCUGUAAAAAAACAAGUUGCUAUAGCUAUGUAUAAACUUGCUAGUUGUUGUGAAUACAGAGUAGUUGGGAAUGUAUUCGGAGUACAUAAAUCAACAAUGAAGAAAUGCUUAUACAGAGUUGUAAAAGCAAUUAAUACGGUUAUGGCUCCCGCUUAUAUUAAUAUGCCAAACGAAGAGGAAGCUAAAUAUAUUGCAAUGCAGUUUGAAAACAUAUCCCAUAUUCCUCAAAUAAUUGGUUGCAUCGAUGGAACGCAUAUACCUAUUACAGUACCAGAAGAAGGCUAUAGAGAUUUUGUUAAUAGAAAAGGAUGGGCAUCUUACAAUGUUCAAGCAAUAGUUGAUCACAAUGGAAGGUUUCGUAAUGUUUUCGCCAAGCAUCCUGGUAGUGUUCAUGACGCCAUGGUUUUCAAAGAUAAUACAUUAUACAAACGCUCACAAGAAAUAAUACCGCAGUUGGAGAAACACGUUAACGGUCAAGGAAUACCUUUCAUGAUAGUCGGAGAUCCAGCCUAUCCAUUUCUGCCAUGGUUAAUAAAAAGUUAUUCCGGUUCGGUUUCACCUAAAGAAGAAUCAUUUAACGUCCACCUCAAUUCCGCAAGAGUUUCAGUGGAAAUGGCAUUUGGAAGACUGAAAGCCAGAUGGAGGAUGUUACAAAAAAAAUUAGAUUGUAACUAUAAAUUUGUACCUCUAGUUAUAGUUGCGUAUUGUGUGCUGCACAAUUUUGUGAAGACAAUAAAGACAAAUUUCUUGAAGAGUGGUUGCAACAAGUUCGUGAGUUAGAUGGAGUAUUUGUGCAACCAAGACAACUAAUAAAUCGUGAACGAGACAAUGUACGUUCUACUAUUAUACGAAAUUCUCUAAAAGAUUACUUAGCUGCAAACUUUCCUCUUCGAAAAACUCUAUUAAGAUAAACACUUUUCUUUGAUAUACUGUAAACUGGAAUUACCUUAGAUCAUAUUCUCAUCUAACUUUUAUUAUUAUGUUCUUAUUCUUUUUCAUAUUCAAAUUUAUUACUAAA